GCCGCCCCGAGGGCUCGGCGGGGUCCUGGGCGGCGUGUGGCGGCGAGCGACGGCGGGCGGGCCGGGGCGCUGCCCGCCUCGGGGGGUUCCGCGCCGGUGCGGGCCGGCUGCGGUCACCGGAGCGCCCGAGUUCAGCCUCGGCUGGAAGUUGGAGCGCUUCGCCGUGUCCCCUCUGUAGAGGCGCGGGGCGCGCUGCCCCGCUCUUCCCCUCCCGAGGGGCCCGUCUGGAGCGAGGCUCUUCGUUACGUGUCUCGGGUUUGGGGGUUAUGUCUUAGGAAAGCGUGGUUUCUGGUUUCUCCUCGGGUGCAGCUGCUGCCCGCGCACGCAAGAGCUGACUCGGGAAGUAUCUCUACUUCACAAAACCAACCCGGGAUGCGGGGAUUUCUUCCACUGACUAGGGGUUUGCGUCAUAGGCUGCCGGUGUUUGAGUCUCCUCUCUCCCCACCAACAAAUGAUCAGAUGAAGCUACAAAUGACAUGGCCAAAGUCAAAACAGUGCAUGAACUGAUGAGAAACAGCAUUGCCUUCUGAGAACAUUAGCUUCGUAGUUGCUGGGAAUCCUAAGUGUGACUUUACUACCAAAAGAGACCCUGACAUUAUGCGAUCAUUGAGCAGAGUUUUCAAGAAUGGAAAAGCAAAGGACCCCGCUAGCUGCAUCUCAUAAAUAAAAGUUUCCAAGAUUCAGCUGAAUCAAAGAAUUAUUCCAGCCAUGGGAGAAAAUGCAAGUUUUUGGGAGAGUUUGAUAUAUGCACAUCCUACAUGUACCACCUGGAAGCAAGAGGCAGAGGGAUCUAUCUACCACCUAGCCAGUAUUCUCUUUGUUGUGGGCUUCAUGGGUGGAAGUGGAUUCUUUGGGCUUCUCUAUGUCUUCAGCUUGCUUGGAUUGGGCUUUCUCUGCUCUUCUGUUUGGGCUUGGCUGGAUGUCUGUGCUGCUGAUAUAUUCUCCUGGAAUUUUAUACUGUUUGCUAUAUGCUUCGUCCAGUUCAUUUACGUUACCUACCAAGUUCGGAGUGUUUCCUUUGACAGAGAAUUCCAGGAACUCUACAGCGCUCUCUUCCAGCCUCUGGGAAUUUCCUUGACUGUCUACAGGAAGAUUGUCUUAUGCUGCGAUGCAGAAGUUGUUACCCUGGAGAAGGAACACUGUUACGCCAUGCAGGGCAAAACACCUAUUGAUAAACUGUCCUUGCUUGUGUCAGGCAGGAUCAGAGUGACAGUUGAUGGGGAGUUUCUGCAUUAUAUUUUUCCUCUUCAAUUUCUGGAUUCUCCUGAAUGGGAUUCACUGAGGCCCACAGAAGAGGGAAUUUUCCAGGUAACACUUACAGCAGAGACAGAUUGUCGGUACGUGGCCUGGAGGAGAAAGAAGCUGUAUCUGCUGUUUGCUAAACACCGUUUCAUCUCCCGCCUGUUCUCAAUUUUAAUUGGGAGCGACAUUGCUGAAAAACUGUAUGCCUUGAAUGACAGAGUGCACGUGGGGAAGGGCUUUAGGUAUGACAUUCGGUUACCGAACUUCUACCACGUCUCACUGUCAGAGACCCCUCCGGUGCAGCCCUCCCACCACCUACAGAGAGGGUCCCCCCGGCGCAAGCCCACCGGGGUUACAAACUGUGGCUCCUUCAGCGCACAGUCCUAGGAAGGAAAACUCUGCCGCAGCCGUUCCCCAAAGCGGUGAAGGGAAAUGUGAAGUGGUGAAGCAGAAGAGCAGAAAGGUGAAGCAGAAUGAGACCCAGUCAAGCCAAAUUUGACUGACAAGUGCCAUUUACUUUCAUUGGAAUAGCUUGAAUUCUUCCUCUCUCUGGAGCCAGCGGGUUGGCUUCUGCAUUUUGACUGUUUGUGCAAUAUGUUUAGUUUCUGUUGAUUCUUUCAUUGAUCUUCAUCUCCUUACUUUUGGAGGAAAACAAAUCGUAACAGGCUGAAGUUUUAUUGUAAUUGUGGUGGCCUCUAUGUUGUGUUUUUAAAAAAAACAGACCCACAGUAUUUGUAAUUAUACUUUCUCAAAAUUAUUUGCCAUAACAAAGUAUAGUCAGUAUAGUCAAUGAAGACAAGUAAGUUGUCUUCAAAAUAUGGCGACUUGCUUGUAACAUUCAUAUUUAUGCCACGUGAACAUUGUCUCAAUUAAUGUGAAGAAUAUUGUAGAAAAAGACUGAGAUCGGUUGUAUUGGGUUUGUUUUUUAAAGAAAUGACAGAUUUUGAAAUGCACAGCAAGAUUAUUAAAAAACAAACAAAAGAAAACAACAAAUUCUGUCCCAUGAGCAAUUGGUUUCUCUCUGUCCUAAAGAGGCAUUAUGUGAAAACAAACAAAUGUAAUUGCUGGCAUUAGAAAAGUAAAGCAGUUGUAACUGCUGCAAAUACAGCUUAGGGAAAUGAUCAUGUAGUGUUUCUGAUAGAAUAUGAUGCUAUAGGACCUAGGCUUCCACAGUGUCAGUUCCAUUCGUGACAUGUACAGUAAAUACUGUUAAUCAGUCAACUGCCAAACCAUUGGAGUUUGUUUACAAUAUUCUUUUUAGCCAGGUUUGUCAGGAAGAAACUAAGAAACGGCCACAGCAAUAAAUACAAUUUUUAACCGAAACAUUCUUGUUUAGCUUCCAGAGUCACUUUUCUGUGCCUAUGAAAUUCUUGAUUUAAAAGGUAUUCUCUCCCUAAUUCUGUGGUGUUUUAAUGGCAUAAGGGAGCACCAGCUCAUGCUUCGGUAGGAGAGAGUUGGUUUCAACCCUUGAGGUCACUGUGCCUUUGGGGAGAAGUAUCUGAAUGUCUUUGCUAACUCACCUUCCUGCUGCUAUGCCUGAUGCCUACCAGUAAUCAAAAAAUAAGAAGCAUUACUAUUUUAUGAGACUGUUUUGCUGCUUGAUAUAUCUGGAGGUAGAUCACAUUUUUAAUAUUUUAAAAUUGCUGGACUGUUUAGUAGGACAACCAUUGUGUGUUUGUGGUUGUGCAGGUAUACAUAUGAGUUUAGAUCUUGGGAGUUGUUGCUGGAGGACUUAAAAUAAUGAUACAACCUCAUGCUUGAAAGAUAGUCAUGCACUGUGUAUAGGAAAGCUAUUAGAAGUGAACCUGUUUGAAGGACCUUCAGAGUAGAGCAGAUAACAUAUGAGUUUUGCUUUUAGCUUUCUGUCCUUUUUCUCAGAGAGGAAAAUCUGUCAAACGUAAAUACCAUAGCAUGCAAUGUGAUAAUCCCCAAAUCCCUCUAAUAACCCUUCUACACAAUGUAUUCUGUAUGUAUUACUUAAUGUGCAAAGUCCCUUAGUCACAAAGCUACUUUGUCUUGGUCAAAAGAGAAUUGAAAAAAUGCAAACAAAGAAUUCAUUGAGAGCUAUUAAAAGACGAGCCCAGAAAAUAACUAAGGCACAAAGUGCCAGAGGCUGGCUGUGUGUAGUAAGGACGUACGGCUGUGUGCGUCCUCUUGUAUACUUCUCACGGUUAAGGGACAGGAUAGCAGGCUACCUGACCCUCUGGUAUGACACAGCACAGGUAUUCUCACGUGCUUAGUAUCAUGUCUUAUUUGUUGGUGCUGCCUGGUGCCUGAGGUGGGUAAGAAGUGUGUCAUCUCUCUUGGAUGUUGUCACUUAGGCUGUGCCUCGUGAUCCCCGCUCUGCUUCACCUGGCCAAGCUGCUCUGAAAACCUUAUGCUGGUUUUUAACAGGUGAUUUAAAAAUAGUCCCUUGUCUCUUAUUGUGAUAAAAUAACAAGAAUUUAAAAUUUCUUGUGUUAUAACAUGUGUUGGACCAAUAUGAAGUUUAUACUUAAUGUUUUAUGUGUUAACAAUCUACAAACCUAAAAAGAUUAUAGUCUAGAAACAUAAAAGAGAUAUUAUUCUAGACUUAAGUGUAAUAUAAAUCAUCAAUUAAUGCUGUCUUUGUUUUCUUGAAUAUAUGGGCUUGCCCCAUAUAUUCAAGAAAACUUGCCUUAACUUAAAUAGAGUCAGCAUUUAAUAAACUGGUAUGAUCAUCUUCACCUUCAAAAUAUGACCAAGGAGCCUUGCCCCCCCCCAAUUUCUGUAUCAAACUUAUGUAGUCUAUUUAAACUAUAGCAUACUGCUUAAAAAGAUACCUGCUCUGGAGUGAUGGGUGCUUCGUUACAUAUUUUGGUAAUUUUUUUUUCUUCAUUGUGAUUGGCGUAUGCCUUGGUUUCAGCCUGGUUUCCAACCACAAUCCUCUGUGAUGCUGUUCUCUGCUGGAAUCAGUUUCUAUCAGAAAUCUCUACUAGGACAUAUCUGAGUCAAUAUCUGAACAUGCUCUUAGCUGAUCUUGUUUAGCUUUUGCUACUGUGCUUUUUGGGCUUUGAGUCACUCUUUAAAAAUUGUUUCCAGUUUUCCAGCAUCUGUUUGAGUCAUGACUAGCAGAACAUUUCAGCUGUAUUAUUGUAGAUAUACAUGCCUUGAAUUCUACAAGUACACACAAAAGGACUGGAAGCGAGACAGCAAGCCCAAUCCACCUCUGUUUUUUUUAAUCUUGACAGCACUUCUAAAAUGUACUGUAAAAUAUGCUCUGGUAUGUGACUCAUAAACCAAUGUUUUAGGAGAGCUGUGUAAUCUACCUAAGUAAAGACAUACUCAGACUGAUGUCAGCGAAAUAAUACAAGCUUUUGUGAUAUCAUAUACACCCAGUCAUUAGAGACUUGGGGUUGUUCAGCCUGGAGAAGAGAAGGUUCCAGAGAGACCUUAUUGCAGCCUUUCGAUACUUAAAGGGGGUUUAUAAGAAAGGUGGGGACAAGCUUUUCAGCAGGGUCUGUUGCGAUACGACAAGGGGUAAUGGUUUUAAACUAAAAGAGGGUAGAUUCAGACUAGAUAUAAGGAAGAAAUUUUUUACAAUGAGGGUGGUGAAACACUGGGACAGGUUGCCCAGAGAGGUGGUAGAUGCCCCAUCCCUGGAAACAUUCAAGGUCAGGUUGGACGGGGCUUUGAGCAGCCUGAUCUAGUUGAAGAUGUCCCUGCUCACUGCAGGGGGGUUGGACCAGAUGACCUUUAAAGGUCCCUUCCAACCCAAACCAUUCUAUGAUUCUAUGAUUAUUUAUAGGUUAGUAAACAUUUGGAGCUACAUGAAGCUCUGACUUGAGCAUCAUCCAAUUUAUGCCUAUGUUAUUACUCAGGAAUAACUGUCAGUGAGGUGGUCAGGCUCCUUCAUAACUGGUUUAAGUGAAUGCAUAAUUUGAGUCCAUGCUGCUUUGUGAAUUGAGGACACUAUCAGUCCUUUUCUUGAUCUGCAGUGAUUCCCCUUUACUCACAUUUUAAAUUUUUAACGGUUCCAUAAUCUUCUAUGGGGUUAUGUCUACGUUUGUAUACUGUUAUAGGUAAGAGUGGCAGAAUCUGGUGCACGUGAUAAUUUGCUAAUUCAUCAGCAUCAGUUGAUCUUCGAGAGUUUUUAUAAUUGUGAACAUCAUGCUGGAAUUGCCCUUACAGCCUGCAGAAGGGUUCAAAUUUACUGUGCAAGCUAAAAAAAUACAUGGCCUAGGACAGUCAAAGGAGAGGGGAAAAAAAAAAAAGAAAACAGAGCACUCAACUUCUUACAGGUUUUAUCCAGGAGAGGUUUAUUUUAAAUUGGGCUUGUGGCAAACUAAUUUAUUGGAUGCAGCAGUGUAUUAUGACAGCUUCAAAGUGAGUCUUGCCUCUUUAGGGGCAUGGGCCUGACCCUGCGAUUGUUUCAUUAGGUAGUAUUUUCUUAACUAGUAGUAGUGUAAGUACAGGUAACAGAUUCUAAGCAAUGUUUUUAAUCCAUCAUGCAAUUCCAUGAAAAACUACAGAAUAACCAGAGAGAAUGUAUCCCGAUGUACUAUUAUAACUAAUAACGCUAUGCGAGGCCAAUUGUAAGCGCUUAACGAAAAAGAUUAUUUUAUACAGUUGCCUCUGAUAACAAAGGCUGGACUUGGUUACUGAGGAGGGCCAUCCUGGUCCUAAAUUUUCAAGAAUUAAUUGCCCUGCAACAACCCAGCAAAUGUGAUGGUGGUUAAAGGAAACUCAGUAAUGGAAAGAGUGAUGGCAAGCUAGAUAUGUGACCUCUGCUAGGAUAAAGCUGGGAAAGCUGAAUACAUGCCUUGAUUAAAUUGUGUAGUUUUGCCACACCACAAAAAAGGCAUAUGCUUGCAGUAAUUAAAUAAUACGUUGAUGCUACAUUUCCAGCAAAAAAGUGCUCUACAGUUUUAGAUUAUUUUAAAUGAUAAAUAUAAGAUGUAUUUGGAUUCAAGAUACAUGAAAAAUUAAAAUACAAUGUUGUACUGCUCGUAUAUACAGGUCUUGCAAACCAUGUGUUAAAAAUGAACCAAAUUCAUAGCUAUUUAGAUAGAAGAAAACUAUUUAAAUGGAAAAGGAAAAAAAUGAAUAUCUAUUUGCUGAAUUCAGACAUUAACAGACUAAAUAUUUUUCUUUUUAUUACUGUAAUAAUUGAAUGCAUAUUCUUCUGCCCCAAAAUGUUACUGUAUAAGAGGUAUUUUUUACAGUACAACAAAAUAAAUACCUUACUAAGAUGGUUUGUUAAUCCCUCUUGAAAUUACUUUGAUUACAUUAAUAUGCAUAAAAAUAGAAUAGGUUCAGGGGUCCCAAGGGAAAGCACCCUUUUUUUUCUGUUUGUCUAAUUCAUGUUAACUUUCCUUUCUUGUAGAUUUUUGUGUCCCUUCAGUUUCUGCUUACUCUAACUCUACUUCUGUGUGAAUCAAAAGAGUUAAUUGAACUUAACAUGUAAAUCAAGCCACCUCACGCUGAUGAAUCAAACCGUGUAGGUGGAGCUUCAUCGGUAGGAGUGUGUAGGAGAAAGGCAGCAGAAGCAUGUCAUCUGUGAGCCCCAGGAUUCGGGGUCACGUCCCAAACUAUGGCUUGCAAAGCCCUUCUCGAGGGUAGCUUUGCAGGUGGUUCUGCCAGCAGAGCGUUUGGACCCAAAUCGUUGCUCUGCAAGCCACAACUGUUGUUAAAUAUUGUCAUGGACUAGGAAAAAGAUGGUACAUUCCCAAAAGCUUGUGGGAGCAGAAGGAUUUAAUAGCAGUUAUUCUUCUGUUGUGGAUUCCUAGGCAACUUUAUUCGGUUGUCAGUUCCACCACAGCUCCUAAUUUCAGAGGUCUGUGGUGCAUUGUGGGGACUGGACUAUCUCCCUACUUCAGUGGGGUUUUGAAGAUAAAUGAUGAUAAAAGAUAGAUUAUUGAGAACUCAGACAGUAAAGUCAUUUAAAUAAACAACUGCAAUAAAAUAAUGGUGGUAAAUAACUAUUUUAGCAGUGAAUCCCAUAGUUUUCGUUGUAUCCACUAGUAACUCUCCACCCAAACUUGUCUAAAGCCUGGGGGAUAUAAUAAUUUUCUGCGAGUAAGGUACAUUAGGCUGAGAAAGACACUGAAGCCAAAAAUUCCAUUUCGUGGACAAAUGCUCUAACUAUGUCAUUGUAUAGAACUGGGCAGCACCAUCCCCUUCUGUAGCAACCGCACGUCAUAGGAGAGCGUUAAAGCACCUCAGAUCUGUGAAAGGAGGUGACUGGGUCCCUGUCCCCAGGCAGGGAUUCCGGCUGGAUGAUCCCGAGUAGCUGGCAGCCUGCUAGAGCCAGGGCUCGGUGGGGCUGAGGCACACAUCUCUGUUUAGCAUUUCCCAUGUGUAGGUGUUAGGGACUCCUAAGAAACGUAAGGACAAUCUGGAUACCCAGUGCUGGGUUUGGACUUCCAGGGGCCAACUGUGGGACAUGGCUACAAGGGUGGGAUACUGGCAGGUAAGCUAUGGGAUGAGUUUAAAACAUGUGAGGUGUGACCCUGUAUCUUCCCAUAUGCAUUCUCUUAUACUGGGGUAAGCUAAAAAUAACUUAUUCUGUAAGAAGAGUGAGGCAAGCCAGUUCGUGUCUGCCAGGAUACACAAGGAUGAGUAUCAGCAGUUCCUAUAAAACAGCCAUUGUGCUGGAAAUCCUUACUGUGCUUUGUUCAUCUAACUCGUUCAUGUUAAAACCUUUAAAACUUUUACUGAAUCCAGUUGUAGCAGCUAUUCUAUCUUACUAAGAGAUUCAGCUUAGAUAAAAUAUUUUGAAUGCUUAUUUUGAAUAUGAAGCAAAACUUUCCUGUUUUCAUUUACAGAAAGGUUGGGUCCUCUCAGAUGAUAUUUCAGAGCAGAUCUCCAUAGUGAGGUGAAUGGGAGUACUUCUUAAAAACCAGUCAUACAGCCAGCAUCAUGCUGUUUUUUACUGAGUCUCCAUUUUCUUGUUCAGGUACUGCUUUUCGAAAACAUAAUGUCCUUUCAGUGUAUAUGUUCAUUACUUAAAGAAUUAAUGAGUAAGUAUUAGUAGGAAAAAAUACAAUAAAUACUGGUAUUCUGAAAUCAGAUAUGGAACAUAAAACAUUUUUAUAUUGGUUUUGAUUUUACAAAUUAUUAGUACUUUUUUCUUUACCAUAGUCAUUGCCAUUUCAGUUCUGAAACUGCUUUAUACAGUGGUAUAUGUACUUAAGCUAAUACUACACACAAAAGCAAUAAUCAUAUAUAUCUGUAUGUUUAUUGCAGUCUGUAUCCCUGUUUUUAACCCUAUAUAAUAGGGUAUUGUUGGUUGCUUUUUAUUUUACAGAACAAAGAAGUAUAAUAAACAUUGCUCAGAAAA